GCAGAUGCUGAGGGACCUACGGAAUCCACCUCAGUACAGUUGGGGGAGCGCUUGCCUUGCAUGGCUGUACAGAGAGUUAUGCAGGGCAACCGACAGAGGUGCUAGUCAGAUUGGUGGGGCCUUGUUGCUAGUUCAGUAUUGGGCAUGGGUCAGAUUCCCUUUUUUGUGCCCAAGGAUGGACCUCCCACCAGAUGGUGCAUAUGGCCCACCAUUUGCACCUUCUCCAUUGUCUAUUAAGACUGUGUGGGUUGUGAACACCUUGAAUAGCCCCGCCGAAAUCUGUCUGGUCCGGUACCGUCAGCUUUUAGAUUGUAUGCAUCCAAAGCAGGUGGUGUGGCAACCAUAUGAAACUGAAUUAGCCCACCUGCCUGCGUUUUGUGUCGCCGGAAGGGAUGUAUGGACGGCGAGGGUACCGCUUGUAUGUUUCUGGCUAGUAGAGAAACAUACACCGGACCGUGUUGUUCGUCAGUUCGGGAUGGUACAAGAACCCCCCCUAUAUGUUGAUACUGACGAAGCCCUUCAUGCCAUAGACUUGAGGGGGAAGAUGGAGGUGAAUUGGAGGGACAGACAUUAUGGCCAUAUCCGAGUAUGGGAUACUCGAGCACGAUCUCUAUGUCCUGGAGCACGACUAGAGGGUGAUAUGUCGCCUGCUCAUCCAUACUUCGAUUGGUACGAUAGGGUGACUUGGAGGUUCGUCGACCACACUUCGGCUUCACUUAUUAUUAUGGUUGCCAGUCACAAGAAGUUGUUGAGACUUUAUACAGUAGGCAGUCUUGAGUACAACCAUAUUUCAGCUGUACUUAAGACAGUGGAACGCCUUCAUCGUAUAACUGCUCGACUUCCGUUGGAAAAUAUCGAUGGGGCAAAUCCAGAAGCGCCAGAAGAUACUGGACGACCAAGCACGAGCUCAACUCGUGCCAGCCAUAGCCAUGGUCAGCGUGCUGCAUCCCAUCAGGUUGUCAGUAGGGCAGAUCUCCCUCCACCCCCACGUGCAUCUCCUGCCCCAGAGUUCCCUCCACCUCCACAUGCAUCUCCUUCCCCAGAGAUCCCUCCACAUACUGCUCAUGCAGUUUCUAACCUAGAUAUCUCUCUACCCACUACUCAUGCAUCUUUUCACCCCGAGAUCCUUUCACACACCUCACAUACAUUUUUUGAUCCUGCUCAUCUUUCAUUUACUCCACCAUCCUUUGAUCUCGGCCCUGAUUUCAAUCAAACCCCUCCUGUCAUGCACACGCAAUCCCCAUCGUACAACAUUCGUCAUAUAGACCAUGUACCGCCCCAUAGUCACUCCAUGUCAUUCAUGCCCACUCCUAGACUGCAUAUAGAUCCCAUGAGUACGGGCACUCACAUUUCAUUUGCUACACCAUCCUCCCCCGCAGUUGUUGGGAGUCAAGCAAAACAACCAGCUGUGCAUGUUGAGAAUGAGCAGGUUGUUGGGUUACAGUCACCCCCACAAGGUCGACCUAAACGUACAAUGAAAGCACCUCCUUGUGGGACAGGUGGUCACAAAGCAGGACACAACGCUGGCCCCACGCAACGUGAGGAGCCUCACGAAGGAGAUGUAGUACCCCCUCCCCCACAUACCAGACACUAUACGAGACAGCAUAAGCGUAAAAUGCAUUAGGAUUAGCAUCCCAUAGAG